AUGACUCUCUACGACGUCCUGAUCAUCGGCGGCGGCCCAGCUGGCCUGUCUGUAGCAACCGGCCUCGCCCGCCAACUGUACCGCGCAGUCGUCUUCGACUCGGGUGUCUAUCGCAACGCCUUGUCGAACCACAUGCAUAACGUGGCUACAUGGGAUCAUAGCUCCCCUGCAGACUUCCGUCGGGAAGCUCGUGAGCGUAUCCUGGCUCGCUACGAUACUAUCAGAUUCGAGGAUCUCGAGAUUAAGCGCGUCCAAAAGACGUCCGAAGGCUACUUCAAGGCAUUCGAUGCUCGGGAUGGUGUCUGGACAGGCCGCAAGCUGGUACUAGCCAAUGGCGUCCGUGAUGUUUUCCCAGACAUCGACGGAUACAGAGAGUGUUGGGGGACUGGCAUAUUCCACUGUCUUUUCUGCCACGGCUACGAAGAGCGCGGCUGUGCUUCGGCGGGCCUUCUGGCCGUGGGCGAUGUUGCGGAGCCUAGGGCGGCUAUGCACUUUGCUCGCAUGGCUAGGCGAUUUUCUACUACAGUGACAGUGUACACUGAUGGGGCUGAGGAGCUCGCUCAUACCCUGGAGGAAUCGGCUAGUGGGACAGGGAUUAAAGUGGACAGGAGAAAGAUUUCCAAGCUGGUUAAGGGACCCGGGGCAUCCGAUGUGCAAAUCGUGUUUGAAGAUGGCACGCAGGUUACCGAGGGCUUUUUGACCCACAAGCCCAAGACUGAGAGUAAUGCUCCUUUCGCCGAGCAGCUCGGGCUCCAGCUGGCACCUACCGCGGAUAUCGAAACUACGGCGCCCUUCUAUAGCACCUCGGUGCCGGGCGUCUUUGCUGCGGGUGACUGUGCUGUUCCUGUAAAGGUCGUCGCAAUGGCUAUGGCGUCGGGCGUAUCGGUGGCUGGAGGACUCGCCGGACAGUUGCAGGAUGAACUGUAUCCGGCGGAGCAGAAAUGA